AUGAACGUCUUGGUCUACUCGGGCGAAGGUACCUCAAGAGCCUCACUGGCCCACACUGUCCGCACACUGCGCUCCCUGGUCGGCCACCACUAUGACGUGAUGAAAAUCGAUGCCAAGGGUCUCACAACCGAACCGUGGGAAGAAUCCACUUCCCUUCUCGUCAUCCCCGGCGGCCGCGAUCUCCCUUACACCCGCGAUCUCAAUGGUGCUGCCAACGAGAAGAUCCGUGCUUAUGUCGCAGCAGGAGGACGAUUCUGGGGGAUCUGCGCAGGCGCCUAUUUCUCGUCGGAUCGGAUUGUUUUUGAGGUCGGAACGCCAUUGGAGGUUCAGGGUGAUAGGGAGUUGAAGUUCUUUGCAGGCGAGUGUCACGGGGUUGUUUAUCCGGGGUUUGUUUAUGACUCUGAGCAGGGGGCUAAUGCUGUUGGAAUCCGGUUGGAGGAGGAGGAGUUUGGGGGUGAGAGGUUGGGGUUUGAGGAGACGAGGGUCUAUUUCAAUGGUGGUGGGUACUUUGUUGAUGCUGAGAAGCAGCCUGGAUGUUCGGUCUUGGCUUGGUACAAGGACACUGAUGGUAACGAAGGUCAAAAGGCGGCGAUGAUUGUGUGUCAGGUCGGACAGGGAGUGGCGCUAUUGACAGGAGUCCAUCCAGAGUACGACCCCGCCCAUCUGGAUGCAGGAAACCCCGAGUACGGACCCUUGCCUAACGUGGUGUCGCGGUUGUUGGAAACGGAUCAGCAGAGGCUCUUGCUGGUAAGAAGUUUGUUGAAGAAGUUAGGACUCAAGUUGUCGCAGCCCGAGGUUCUUCAGGCUACUGAUGCCCCCCAGGACGCCGCCUUUGUCGCCCUUCCUCCAGGAGCCAUCCUAGGAAUCCCCGACCUGACGCCUUUGUACCUUGCCUCAGUGGAGCCCGCCUACACGACUCUGCUGGCUCAUUCCUUGAGGUCUAUUGCGACAAGCGAGGGACUCAUUAAGGAACCCAACGACACCUUCCAACUGAUCGCAUCGCCUCAGCACACGAUCCCUGUUCACACUUCGACACUUUCAGAGACCGCAGAGGGAGAGAGCGAGGAGAAGGUGAUCAAGAACCUGGUCGUCUGCCAUGACGGAGGACCCCCAGCCUCGACCACACCCCAGUUUGUCAUGAACGACUAUUUCCAGCACUUGAAAAAGAUUCGUCCACCGACUCAAGAUUUCACUUUCGGAAACUCGCUGUUGUAUGGAGAGGUCGUUUCUUCCACUCAGACGAUGCUCGACAAGAACUUUACGUUAUGUCAACAUCUCCCCACAGGCUUUGUCUGUAACGCGACUAUCCAGACAGCCGGACGUGGUCGUGGACGCAAUUCUUGGAUCUCUCCCCCUGGAUGUCUUCAGUUCUCGAUGGUGUUGAGACAUCCCUUCCAGGCUCGUCAUGCGUCGGCGGUCUUUGUGCAGUACCUGGCUGCGUUGGCGAUUGUCGAGAGCGUUUGCUCCUUGCCCGGGUAUGAGGAGGUACCAUUGAAGCUCAAGUGGCCUAAUGAUAUCUAUGCGGAGGCACCCCUGGAGGAAGGCGAGGAACCGGCUCCUGAGGGUACUGCACCUCGUAUGGUUAAGGUUGGAGGUGUCCUUGUCAACUCCAACUUUAGCGGCUCCGAGUUCCUUCUUGUCGUCGGUUGCGGAAUCAACACGACGAACCCUAACCCAACAACGUCCAUCAACCACCUAAUCCGAUACCACAACAAGAAGACUGGCAAAAACCUCGCCCUCUUCACCCAAGAAACCCUCCUGGCCCACGUCCUCGUCAAGUUCGAACAAAUGUACACCACCUUCCUCCAUGGCAACGGCACCGGGUUCGCCCAGCUCGAACAGACUUAUUACAAACGCUGGCUCCACACCGACGCUUUUGUGACCCUCACCACCAUGACUCCGCACAGAAGAGUUAGGAUUCAGGGGAUCACGUUGGAUUAUGGAUUGUUGAAGACUGUCGGUGUCGAUGGGCAAGGGAGGGAUAUUGAGGGAGAGGAGUUUAGAUUGCAGCCGGAUGGCAAUUCUUUUGACAUGCUCAAGGGUCUUAUUUCGACAAAGUCGUGA